GUGUCAUGUGACCUUGCCGCUGCUCAGUCAGUGUGCUCCAUUCCUCUUUUUUUCGCAGUGUCACAGGCUCCAAAACCAUAGAAACGGGUGCUGUUUACUCUAUUUCCUAAACUGACACCCGAAAUAUUGACAGGUGAUGCCACUCCCCUGUAGCUACAGCUGGACAGUUUCUCUGCUGGGAAAAUAACUUCUUAAUGUCAAACUGUGGAAGCCCCAUCGGUUUCCCAGCAGGCCUCGCUGCUUACCGAGGCAGCGUCGGUGUUCACGCCGCGGGUGAGUGCUCGCAGCUCGGCCACGGAGGCAGCAUGUGUCGCUAGCCUUCCGCCGGCGGCGAUUACCAGCUGCAGAAAGCGAUGAAUCGUGGCGGCGGUGGGUUGUCAAGCCUGGACGUGAGCGGUGUUGGAGUUGCUCUGUCAGAAUGAACGGUACUCAACAGAGCGAUACAAAGAGGCAGCACCUUCUGGAGAGGCUGCUGGAUGCUGUCAAACAGUGCCAAAUACGCUUUGGAGGAAGAAAGGAGAUUGCCACAGACUCGGACAGCAGGGUGAUCUGUCUGUGCGCUCAGUUCGAAGCGGUGCUGCAGCACGGCCUGAGGAAGAGCAGAGGUCUGGCCCUCACCGCCGCCGCUCUCAAGCAGGCCGCAGGCUUCAGCAGCAAGACGGAAGCAGAGCUGACUUUUUGGUUCUACGUGAAGGAGCAUCUGAACCGCCACGAGCUCCAGCGCUUCUACUCGCUGCGUCAGAUCUCCUCGGAGCUCGGCCGGGGUCGUGCCUGGCUGCGCUGCGCGCUCAACGAGCACUCGCUGGAGCGCUACCUGCACACGCUGCUGGCUGACCGCUCACGUCUGGGAACAUACUAUGAAGACUGGGCUUUUAUUCUUGAUGAGGAGAGAGCAAGUAUGCUCCCCACCAUGGCGGCAGGGUUGAACUCGAUCCUGUUCGCCGUCAACAUUGACAACAGUGACCUGAAUGGUGGUCCGACGCGAGGAGCCUCCUCUGUGUCCCACCUCCUCAAGGAGUCCACUCAGGGCAUCGGCAGCCUGUGGAAGGAGUCCACUCAGGGAGUCAGCAGCCUGCUGCGGGAGAUCAGUACGGCCACGGCUGUGGUGCCUGGCUUCACGGCCAAAGUGGACGGAGUAUCGGACCCGCUACCUGUUGUUCCACGCAGCACUUCAGCUGACUCAGGGUUGAAGAAGGAGCGUCGCAAGAAAAAGAAAAUCACCAACAUUAUCUCCUUUGACGAUGACCUGGAUGGAGGGGCGGAGGACGAGGAGGAGACGGAGGAAGACUCUCAGAAGGUGAGCGCCAUGAGGAAGAGUCACACGGCUCCGGCUCAGAGCAGCGUGGAGGAAGGGGUUGACCCGCUGGAGCCCACUUUCUCCGAGUCGCCCGCCCAGAACGGCCUGGAGGAGCCGGGCUCCAUCAACUGGGUGGGAUCCCCCCACCCCUGCCGCACAACCCCCAUGACCACACCUCCUCUGCCCGACACCAAGAGUAUAGACAAUGAAGAGGAGGAGGAGGAGGAAGAGAUGUACAAACCCAGAACACAAACCCAGGAGGAGGAGAGGAUCCCCUCCGAUCAGCUGGUGGUGGGCAGUUUGUCCAGCGUCUCCACCUGGAGUCCUCGGCAGGCCGUGAUGGACCAGAGCAGCUCCGGGAUCCUGAUUCCUCUGAAUCCCACGGACCAUCAGCCAGAGAGCUCUGUGGAGGACGCGGCUGUGUUUCCUGCUCAGUGUGACUCGACAGGAUCGGCGGAAAACUGCGAGAGCAGCCGGUCGCAGCUGACGUUCACCAUGGAGUCCAGUCCACCAGUGGCGUCUGCUCCUCUUAGCAACGCGCUGCCAACAUCUGGGCUGCCAGAGUCGAUGACAGUGGCGGAGCUGCGCCAAGCCAUCGUAGCCAUGAUGAACAGGAAGGACGAGCUGGAGGAACAAAACGCGUCCCUUCGCAGUCUGCUGGAUGGCGAGAUGGAGCACUCAGCAGGUCUGAGGCAGGAAACUGAUCUGCUCAAGAAGAAACUGGUGGAGGUGGAGGAAAGACAUGGUGCCAAGGUCCAGGCGCUGGCCAGGGAGAAUGAAGUCCUGAAGGUCCAGCUGAAGAAGUACGUGGGCGCCGUGCAGAUGCUGAAGAGAGAGGGAGGCCAAGGCAAUGACGCGUUGACGGUGUUGCGGUCAAACGAGGACCAGGCUCCUGUCCCGCAGAAUAGGUUCAUGGGCGACGUUGAGGAGCUCGCUGCCAGCUAUGAACGUAAACUAAUCGAGGUGGCCGAGAUGCACGGCGAGUUGAUAGAGUUUAAUGAGCGCCUGUACCGCUCCCUCAUGGCCAAAGACCACCUCAUAGUCCAGAUGAGGCAGGAACUCAUUGACCUGCGAGGACCGGUUCCAGGUGAUUUAAGCCAGACAUCUGAUGAUCCUAGUCUGUCGGAUUUUGAGACGGCUCAUCGCGCGCUCAUCAACGUGUGGAUCCCCUCUGUGUUCCUGCAGGGCAGAGCUGCCAACGCCUACCACGUCUAUCAGGUUUACAUCCGCAUCCUGGAUAACGAAUGGAAUGUGUACAGGCGUUACACCGAGUUCAGGGAGCUCCACAAUCACCUGAGGACCCAGUUUCCACAAGUGGACACUUUCAACUUCCCACCCAAGAAAGCCAUAGGAAACAAGGAUGCCAAGUUUGUGGAAGAAAGGAGGAAACAGCUGCAGGGCUACCUUCGCAUGGUGAUGAACAAACUGAUCCAGACGCUGCCAGAGUUCACAGCUCGCCCCACCAAAGAGACGCUGCUGUCUCUGUUGCCUUUCUGUCAAGACACACCCCAGGGCAGUGAUGGUGGAGCCAAGACACCGCGAUCCAGGACCUCGUCCCGCUUCACCAGGCUGGGCCGCAGCCGCGCCCAGGAAGCCAGACCGGAACCCCAGAGCGGUGACCUUUGAGCCUCCGGACCGAAAACUGGGAACAGCGUCCUCACGCUGGGACACGGGUCCAUAGGAUAUGAAGACAUUAAGGGCAUGUCAUGGACAAACAAGCCUCAGCUGAGAAGUGAAGAGGGAUGGAGUCGCUCUGUUGGAGGAAAUCUCAAUGCUUCCGUGUGUUGGCUGGUUGAAGAAGGGAUAGACGACACCUCCACCCCCCAGGUGGGCUGUUGGUUGGCCCAAACAAGCAGCAACUCUUACCUCACUGAGAGACCAAAGGACUCUCUGUAAACUGCACAUGGACAAGUCUGGAUAGCUGUCCCUUGUCUUACACACAUUGAGAUAAAGGGAGAUUUCUUUUUUUUUUUAGCUCAGUUUUUGUAGUGACAGUGUCUGAUGGUCUCAGUGCCUAAAGUUUUUUGUAGCUGCUUUCCUGCUCUGCGUAGGGAGGGAAGGGUGUGAAGAGGGGGCAGAUUAAAGUGUUUGCUUGCAAAAUGAACUUAAUUUUUCAGCUUUUGUGUCAGCAUUCUGGUGCCACUACUUUUUGGACAACAGUGAUUCCCAAUCGCUGGACCACCGCGGUGUAAGCAUUCCUUUUUUCAUGCAUUUGUUACACUAUUAUUAUGCUAUGUAUUUUUAUUUGUUAUUGUAUUUUAUAACAAUACGCAUAAAGUGUAACAUAUCCUAAUAUA